GACAAGAGUCAUGGCUCAGAAUGGACUUGUGAUCUUUGUCCUGGUUAUUCUACUGCUACUGGAUCAGACUCCUGUCCAGGCUUCCAAAUCAAAAGCCAGAAAGCACAGCAAACGUAGAGUGAAAGAGAAGAACGGUGACCUAAAGACUCAGGUCGAGAAGCUUUGGCGAGAAGUAAAUGCCCUGAAAGAAAUGCAAGCGCUUCAGACAGUCUGCCUUCGUGGCACGAAGAUCCAUAAAAAAUGCUACUUUGCACCCGAUGGCUCCAAGAAUUUCCAUGAAGCCAAUGAAGACUGCAUAGCAAAAGGCGGAACCCUAGCAGUCCCCAGAAACAGCGAAGAAACCAACGCCCUUCGCGACUAUGGCAAAAAGAGCAUGCCAGGCAUCAACGACCUUUGGCUGGGUAUCAAUGACAUGAUCGAUGAGGGAAAAUUUGUAGAUGUCAAUGGAGUUUCUAUUCAUUUCUUCAACUGGGAUCGCGGUCAGCCAAAUGGAGGGAAGCGAGAAAAUUGUGCCCUGUUCUCCCAGUCUGCGCAAGGAAAGUGGAGUGAUGAAGUCUGCCGGAGUGUGAAAAGAUACAUUUGUGAAUUUGUUAUUCCAUAAGCAUGCCCUGUAAGCACGGGUCUGGUAUCUGCCCUACCCAAUCCUACAGGCCGUUAGUCCCUAAGGUUUAAGAAAUCAAAGUUCAAAAGACAUCUCGAAAUACACUUCCUUAUUCUGACAAGCUAGGUGAAGACAUUAUCUGAGAAAUAACUUUCCCUCAAGCUGAUAAGAAAGCUUUGUUUACUGAAUUAUGAUAGCUCUUUAUUAAAUGCUAUUAUAUUAUUAUUACUACUAUUUCUAGAGAUCGCAGGCUGUCAUUCUAUUAACUGUUUUGGCUAAACUCUGCUAGAUAUCGACAGACUUGUGAAGGUUAUCUGUCACUGACUUUGCACUCCAGGGCACUUAGAGGUCAUAGAGUUGUAGGUGCUGCCCAGCCACCACGCUGCCUGCCUGCCAGAUUCAGAGCUAUCAGGAAAGCACCAUGCUUGCCUGCACAAUGCGAUGCCCAGUGAACUGUUGGUUCCCAUCAAGUGAUAAACAAUCCCCAACACAAAAACAAUAUAGAGGUUAGAGGGCAGUUUCCAUGCUUGGUGGUCCCUGGAGGCUCUUGCUUCUAAAGCAAUGGCAGAGAUUUUGAUGAAGAUCCCCAGGGAAGAUCAAAGACAGGGGAAGGGAAUACUGCCGAUGUUUCUUCUUCAUCAUCAUCAUCAAUGGUAUUUAUUGAGUGCUUACCGUGUGCAGAGCACUGUACUAAGCACUGGAGAGAGUACAAUACAUACUAAGCACUGGAGAGACUACAAUACAAGCAGAGAAGAAAUUUAAUUCUGGGCUCAUUACAAGUAAAUACAGUAGUGGUUAUACAAUUUCCAUUUUUGCCAACCGGAUGCUAUGAAGGGUCCACUCCCACCUUCUUCGUCUGUACCACAAUAUCAAACAAGUAGUCAGAGCACUCACACGUGGUUUUGGCCGUUUCCCAGGUCUCUCCCCAUUCAUAUGCUCCAUGACACCUGACUAAUAGAGCACAGGAAUCCAGGCAUUGAUUCACUGCAUGGACCAUUCAUUCUUUCAGAUCCCCCUCUCUGGAUGUGUUCUCAACAGUGGGGACAACUAUUCUAUCGUUGUACCCAUAUCACCCUCCUGAGGUACAUCUUCUGAUUCCUUUCAUCAUCUCUUGUUGCAUAAGUCUAAACUCACGACCUGGAAAGGGAAGGGUAUUCAUGAAAGCAGCCUUAGAAGGACUGUGAGUCACUACCCUGGCUCCUCCUACGGCAUCAGCAUUCAUACAGAGAGGAUUACAUUAGCUUUUCCUUAGAUUCUUACAUGGUGGAGGUCCUCUGAUAUCCUGCUCAUUUAUGUCACAAACAAAUAUAACUUCAGGCUGAAAUCUGGUCCUGAAUACGUCAUUCACGAACCAUGGGUCUUUUUCUGACUGUCUCUUUAAAUCUGUCAGUAGGGAGGCAGGGUUUACAGAGGUCCUCUGCUCUCUGCCCUUGUUCAACCCCCUAGUUCUGUUCAGGGGAGGUUUUGCUAAACACAGAGUGAAGCAGAGUAAACUUUACCCCCAAAUCUGCUAUCCCUUGGGAAGAAAAAAAAAGGGGGGGAGGGAAAUUAGGGCCUUAGAAUCACACGUCAGUCGUCAUGAAUGUCAGAUUCAUGAGGAUUGAAGUAAUGAGAUUGUUCUCCCUCCAGACUCAUUAGGAAAAAUGAAAAAGGAAGGAUUGAAAACCUGGAAUACAAGAAUGCCAAGCAGCACUUCUAUUCAUUCAUUCCAAUGUAUUUACAGAGCAUUUAUUGUGUGGAGAGCACUGUA